AUCAAAAGAAAGCAAUGGAGUAGAAGUAGUAAUUUGCAAAAGGAAUGGAGGAUUUUGCGAAGAAGGUGUCCAUAUCAGAACCAGAGACCGCCGCCAAAUCCAUAAAUAUGGAGACUCAAGCUGAAGAGAAUCAGGAAAAAGGCUCAAAAUUCAACACCACCAACGAAGCAAUUCUAGGGUUGCUCCGCAGAUUCCUCGCUGUUCAGCAGCGCCGCGCCAUCGCUUAUGCCCGCCUCAAACGGGGUUUUGAAGAUUAUAGGGUAUCAGGAGGUGAAUUAGCUUUUCAGCAGCUUUGCAGUGAGAUUACUCUCGAGUUUAAUGAUUGUUCAAAGCAGGUGCUUGAAAUGGAAUCGGUAUUCACAAGUCCUGCUUAUUGCAGAGAGGAUCUGGCUGGCUUGCUGAGAUCGGUUCAAGUCAAAGAAAAGGAGAAAUUGAAUUUAACAGCUACAAUUCAAGUGCUGAAGAAGGCUGGUCGACCCUCAGAACGCUUGGUAAGCCAUGAGAAUUGCAGAUUUACUCAGUCGACAGGACACGAAUGCAUGCACAUCCAGCAAAUAACUGAGGAAUCUGGAACUGAAGAAGCUGAGGCUGAUUCUGAAUACGAUAAUGCCCUCAAGGAAGCUGUUCAAGGCAUGCAAGGUGCAGUCACUUCUAUAAACGAAUACUUGGAAGAGGUCAGGUAUGAGAUUGCAGCACUUGAAGACGAAUAACACUGUUUUGGUGGUGUAAGUGCAGUGGCCCUUACGCAGAAUGCUUUUCCUGGGGACUUAAAUAGUUGAAAGCUGCCUUAAUGAUCCUAAUCCAUCAGUGAUCAUCUCAGUUUAAUUAUUUAAAUUAUUGGUAGAAGGUUAGAACUUGGAAGAAUAUUGAAUAUACACAAUUCGAUGCAUGCAGAUGGAGUAUAACUAGUGGUAGAUGAUUUUGGCCUUCGAAAUAUCAACUUUUGUCUGGAAUAUCAAUAGUGUAACUGUUUAAAAAUGUCUAUCCAUCUUUAUAGAAA